AUUCAAACGUGAAUAGAGCAGCAGCUGAAAAAUAAGGAUAUGCUAGAGGAGCGCCAUAUGGACGAGUUGGGAGGCGAAGAGACAAUUUAGGAGUAAGGAAACAGUGGUGGGUGGAGAUGAGUGCAUGUGCUGCAAGCUGUGUGUACAGUACAGCUGCUGAAUAGGUUUGAUUCACAGGCCAGUGAAUACACAGUAUGACAGACAGAGAGAAAGAGAGAUCAUUGUAGUCGGAUGUGGAGACUAAGAGACACAGAUGGUGUUAUUGGUCAUUUAAUAGAGGUUCAAUUUGGCAAAGGGAUGACGCUUCUGUGCUCACUGAAUCCACACUGAUGAAGCUCCUGACCUACAACAGGAAGACGCUUUCAGGGAGAGCUGAAAGGAGUCGCGGAGGUCUGGCCAGACCCGCUCGCUGAUCGGACCAGGUUUGCUUUUCAGCCGCCAUGUGGGAGCCGAGCUGUGUCUUUAUUAAGACUCGAGGAGGCCUUUGGUUUGGGGUUCUCUUGCUGGACUACAGAUGAGAGCUGUGUGCUGCACAGUUGCAUAAGAGAAGCACUUUGCUCCACUGUGCCCUGCUGGCUGAGUGCGUACACUGCGGGUGUUUGCAUGAAGCAGAAUCUGCAGCCAGUGAUCACCCAACACACUUCCUAAUUCACAGAACGCCACGUCCUAAUGACCAAAGUCCGGGUGUGUACACACAGUGGCUUAUGUAGAUCACGGAGCCAGUCUGUGUUUACAUUUUUACUCUUUUCAUUGAGCCACUUAGAGUCGGGGCCACCAGUGAGACUGAAUGGAGCUGUGACAGAAAUGUGCUGUGACAAGAAAAGGCCAGAGGAGCCAGGAAGGAGCUGGUUAGUGGUGAAAUAGAGAAGUGAGGUGGAGAGGAGCGCUAGCAGGGAUCGUUUUGAGGAACCAGUUCUGUCGUUGGUGACAAAAAGAGAGGAGUUUUCUCGAUUUGGGUACGAAUUGAUAAAAAAAAAGACGUAUCAGGACAAUGGAGCCAGUGGUAGAGGGCAUAAAAUAACGUGGACAUACUGUGUGCUUUUAAAGCCAACAUACUCACUCCAGGGUGUCCUCUCCUACCAAAACAAAGCGCCGCAUCUUGCACACAGAGCAAAUAGAGAAAACCACACGCCUUUAAAUAGAUUACUGAAAAAGAGAAGUGUGAAGUGGACAGAGAUGCACAGUGAGACGCGCAGUGAGAAAGAUCGAGAGCAGAAGUUAAUAUCAGCCGCCAGAAACGCGGCGAAAGCGACGACCAGUGCCACCGUGGGACUCCAGAUACUGUGCAGAGCCGAGGUCACCUGGGAUUUACUCACCGCAGCAAUUUCACAAAGCCGGCCGCAAAGGACGAGGACAGAGAGGAGGAGAGGAGGAGAGGAGGAGAGGAUCUGAGGGAAAAGGAAGCGGCGUAGCACUCAUAGGAGAAGAGGGGGGCUCAUGGGAAACCUCCUGAAAGUGCUGGCUUGCGCCGAACUUGAGCAUGGCCCAAUAGUUUUCCUUGACUUUGAACAUGCCCAGCCCACAGAGGCAGAGACAGCCGUUUGGAACCAGGUCAGCGCCGUGCUGGAGGAGGCUCAUGGGAUCCUUGCCGAGCUGCAGUCCUAUAAUGGCGCGGGCCAGGAGAUACGAGAAGCCAUCCAGAACCCGGGCGACCUCGCUCUGCAGGAGAAGGCCUGGAAUGCAGUCUGCCCCCUAGUGGCCAAGCUGAAGCGGUUCUACGAGUUCUCCCUUCGCCUGGAGAACGCCCUGCGCAGCCUGCUGGAGGCGCUGACGAGCCCGCCAUAUGCUCCCAUGCAGCAUCUGGAGAGAGAGCAGGCCCUGGCCAAACAGUUCGCUGAGAUCCUUCAUUUCACGCUCAGCUUUGAUGAACUAAAGAUGACAAACCCAGCCAUUCAGAAUGACUUCAGCUAUUACAGGAGGACCAUAAGCAGGAACAGGCUGAACAACCAGCAGCUGGAGGCGGAGAAUGAGGUCAACAACGAGAUGGCCAACCGCAUGUCUCUGUUCUACGCUGAAGCAACACCGAUGCUGAAGACUCUGAGCAACGCCACCACCAAGUUUGUUUCCGAGAAUAAGACCUUGCCCAUUGAGGACACCACAGACUGUCUGAGCACCAUGGCCUGUGUGUGUCGUGUCAUGUUGGAGACCCCAGAGUACCGCUGUCGGUUCACCAACACAGACACCAUGCUGUUCUGUAUGAGAGUGAUGGUGGGCGUCAUCAUCCUCUAUGACCACGUUCAUCCCGUCGGAGCUUUCGCCAAGACGUCCAAAAUUGAUAUGAAGGGCUGCAUCAAAGUGCUGAAAGAGCAACCGUCCAACAGCGUGGAGGGACUUCUGAACGCACUGAGGUAUACGACACGGCAUCUAAACGAUGACAGCACCUCCAAACAAAUCAGGGCCCUCCUGCAAUGAGAAGAAGAGGAGAGCGGAGGCGAGAGAGAGCGAGAGGGAGAUGAGGAGUGCACUUGCAGGAGGGGGGGGGAGAAGAAGAGGAGGAAACAAACACCAGUGGCUGUUAAACCCGUUUGUUUACAAUGAACAAAGAAAAUAAUGUCCAGGAGAGGAAAGUAAUUAUAUAUAUUGUCAGCUGUCCACCAUUCUGUCUCUCAUUUUGUAAAGUAAGAAAAGAGAAAAGAGGGGGAAAAAAGCCAGAAAAGAAAAUAUAGAUAUAUAUUAAAACAAGUGAAACACAAGCAGCAGAUGGAGAGGAAAAAAAUAAAUAGGUAGUUUAAAGAAGAAGAAGCUAUAUUGGAAAAAUUUUAACGUCAGGACUGAAGUAAAAUGUACAAAAAAAAAAAAAGAGGGGUUCAUGUUCCAACAGUAGUCUGACAAGUAUUUUUGCACACACUUUGAAAACAACGCCAUCUCCUUCCGCCUGACAUCAGAUCCCAAACUGACACACACACACACGAACACACACAGCUAAAGCAGAGAGGUUAUUAGCACUGCCUUCCUGUCUCCUUCAGCUGCACCAACCUCCACCUACUGAGGCAAUGUGAUGGAUAAACUCCGGAGAUUUGCGUCAAACCCCCCCGUUUCAUUUUCAUCUCAUGUCAUAUCAGUGCAGCUGAAGGGAAAAAGAGGCAAACGUCUUUUCAGGAAGCCUCCAUUUUUUGUUCCCACGCCGAUUUCUUCAUCAUUGCCCAUCAUCACCUGUCGCCCCGGUCCCUCCAUGGGUGUGUUUUUUUUCCCUUGGCACAAAAAACAAGAAUCACCCACGUGCCCUCAAAACGCUGUACCGUGUUCCAUCACUAAACAUCCUCUUUUUCCUCUCUCUGUGGUAUCACAGUAUCAGCCUCUUAAACGUCAUUAGGCAGGAAAAUAAACGGUUUAUUCAUCCUCCGUGGCACUAAUGUGUUAAACCUCAUGUCCUGUGAUGUGCUUUCGGGUCGUCUGCGGUUUCACAUUUGUGCGCAAACACGAUAAGACCCAUGAAAGUCAUUAACGGACGCCUCGGCACGUUGUGUAUUUUCCUCAGCCUGUGCCAAAGCUUAUUGGUUUGAGUCAAAAAUAUGAGCAUAUCAUAUUGAAAAUGUGAAAAUGACACACACACACACACACACACAAAGAGAAGUCAGAUAAGUGGUGAGCAAAUGAACACAUGGGGGAUUUUAGAAGAACUAUCUCAGUGUAAAUAUGUCACAAAUGGCAUCUCCAUGGUCAGCUUGGGGGGAAAAACACACCAAACAUCUGCAUAAAACUAGAGUCCUUUCUUUCAGUGCGAGGUUGACAAAGUCGUUGAAAAAGUGGAAACAAAAACUGAGAGUUAAAAAAAAAGAGAUUUAAAUGAAGUGCUGUACUUUGGAUGUCUAUAGCCCUUAGUUAAUUUGAUUUGAUCUUAUAAUAUAUUUUCUAUACAGGGGUGUGUGCACAUGACAUAUUCCGUAUAAAUAUAUAGAUGGCAUGUUGUAAAAGUUCUGACAAAAAAAAACAAACGUGUAAAUAAGGUGUUUUUAUUCAUUUUUAAUUGUUCAGUGACGCUGAAAUUGGGUAUGUGUUGUCUCUCAGAAUUACCAUGCGUUUGGCUUGGAUCCAUCGGACUUGCCGUAGUCAUAGGUUUCAGAAGAUUCAGCUUCAUGAAGAUGAAUGAACCAGAGGGAGGGGCGGGACAUGGCGGGUGGGUCGGGGCUGUCCAUUUGCUUGUUAUUUUGUACAUUUUGUGCAACAAUAAACUUGUCAUUUAUUACAUUAA